AUGUCGUCGUCGUCGUCGUCGCUGUUUGAACUGCCGUCGGAAAUCCUCGUGCUCGUCUUUGAACACCUCGAUGAUGUGAGGGCGCUCUAUCAGCUGGUGCAGACGUGCGCGCGAGCACAGGAGAUAUACGUCCAGCAUGCCGCCGGCAUUCUCGAUCACGUCCUUCGCAACGCAUACCCCGAUGGAGCGCAGAGCAUCAAAGACACGAGGACCGCAGCUCGCUCGGGCGGCGAGCUGAACUAUGCAUACCUGGGAGAACACGAGGUGCAUUGGAUGGGCCCGGCGGACACCCCGGCCGAUAUGAGCCAUCUACAAGACUACUCCACGCUGGCCGACGAGGUGGACAAUCUCGCGGCCUGGUGCGCGCCCAAGUGCCAGCAAAGGCCGUCAUGGCAUCGUCCCGGCGGCACGUCCAUGCGACAGUCGGUGGUGGAGAGUCUUUGCCACCUGCAACUGCUGGCGAACCGCAUGUUCAACGUCCGCCUGCCCGCCUUCCCCGAGGAGAUUAGUCUGCGGGUGUACGAGAAGACGACGGCACGCACCUACAUUUCCCGCAAGACUCGAGACCAGGCUCGCGAUCUGCAGGAGGAUCAACUGCGCCUGCUCCAGCCACACCAGCUGAGGAACUUGUGGUAUUUGUUGCAGAUACUGCAGGACGAGUAUCUGCGGCUACGUCGACAUCGUUUGCGACCCGCCGAAGGCAGCCUGCUGGACCUGCUGUUUCAGCAUGCCCCCGACGAGAAGGUCUGGAAUAUCAGUCUUUGGCUGCCGGUGCAGAGCAUGCUGAGUAAACUGGGUCUGCACAUCGUGCCUCCUCGCCCGGGCACCUCGUUUCGCUUUCGGGGCCACGAGACAAUCGACGAGUUGCACCAGGUUGAUGCCGAGGAAUUCGAUCAGUACUUCAAGGCUCUGCGCGAGAAUCCCAGGGAAACCACAAAGCAGCGGCGGCAAUGUUCGAUAUGUGUUGCACGUGGCCACUCCCCUUCUCCAUGUCCUCACGCCUACCUGGACAAAUUCCGCCCGCUGCUUGGUCUGCCGUACGGAGAUGCGACUUGCAUAGCGGAGCUGGUGAGGUUCAAGGGGUCUCUGCAACCCAUCAUCGUGACCAAGCCACAUUGGGCGUAUGGAGGUGGGAGGAAUGCAGAUCACAGUCGAUUGGAAAUGAUGUUGUGGGAGUGCACGGAGAGGCAUCGCCCUACCACCGCGGCGAAGCAUCGGAGCCGAGCGCUGUAG